AUGGAGUGGCAGGACGUGCUGUUGUUCGCCAACCUCAACACCUCGCUGUUCAUGGCUUCGGCACGCUCAGUCCCUGGUAUAUUUGAGCGCCAACGCACGCUCCGCGCAAACCCGUUCGAGUUCUGGUUCUGGGCGGCCGAUGGAUGGGCCGGCGAGUUCGGUGACUACAUCGGGCAAUUGAUUCCGGCGGUUCGCGGAUUCUAUGGACUCCUCAAUGACGAG